AUGAAAAGUGAUUUAGUCAAUUCAUGGCUUGAAGAAGAUUAUAGGGAGAACGAAAACCUAAUAAGCAUGAAGGCUAUAUCAAUUAGUAUUCCUGAAUCACCUCAUAUUAACAAAAUUCUUAUCCCAGAGUUUGAAAUUGGAGGAAAAACUAAAGCAGGCAAAAGAUUGAAUUCUAUACCUAAGCCUACCAUUCCACAAGAUCAAAUAAAUCAACUUAUACACCUUAAAUCAGAAAAUGAACAACUCUUGUCUCAAAUCAAAGAAAUAUCCAAGAAAAUCGACAAAAUGAUUCCCAAGAACAACGAACUCAAAGAUGCAAUAUACAAUACAAAGAAAAAUCUGAAAAGUAUUCUUAAUGAUACAGAUGAAAAAGAAAAAUUGCAUUUAAUUAAGAUAGAGAAUGAGCGUAAACUUGAAGCUCAAGCACAAAAGGAAAAAGAUAGAAGCAAAAGCGCACAAAAUGCAAUCUUUGAAAAAAUGAUCAAAUUAAAAGCAGAAUCAGAACGACUCACACAGCAAGAGAUUGCACUUGAAGAAGAAGCUAAAAAAUUCAAGAAGGUAAAAACAGAGGAACGCGCUAUGUUAAAGCGAAAAAUACAACUUGCAAAACGUUUAAACGAUGUUUUAACUCAGAAACGAUCUGAAAUUGAGAAAUCAAUGAUAACUGCCCAUUGA